GGGGGCGGCUACCACGGCGUGAGCAUGUUCGCCGUGCAGACCGCCCAGCCCGACCCCUGCUACGACGAGCACGGGCUGCCCCGCCGCUGCAUCCCCGACUUCGUCAACUCGGCUUUCGGGAAGGAGGUGAAGGUGUCCAGCACCUGCGGGAAGCCGCCGUCGCGGUACUGCGUGGUGACGGAGAAGGGCGAGGAGCAGGUCCGCACCUGCCACCUCUGCAACGCCUCCGACCCCAAGCGCGCCCACCCGCCCUCGUUCCUCACCGACCUCAACAACCCGCACAACCUGACCUGCUGGCAGUCCGACAGCUACGUCCAGUAUCCCCACAACGUCACCCUCACCCUCUCCCUCGGCAAGAAAUUCGAGGUGACCUAUGUCAGCCUGCAGUUCUGCUCGCCGCGCCCCGAGUCCAUGGCCAUCCACAAGUCCAUGGACUACGGCAAGACCUGGGUGCCUUUCCAGUUCUACUCCACGCAGUGCCGCAAGAUGUACAACAAGCCGAGCCGCGCCGCCAUCACUAAGCAGAACGAGCAGGAGGCGGUGUGCACCGACUCGCACACCGACGUGCGGCCCCUCUCCGGCGGCCUCAUCGCCUUCAGCACCCUGGACGGCCGCCCCACCGCCCACGACUUCGACAACUCGCCCGUGCUGCAGGACUGGGUGACGGCCACCGACAUCAGGGUGACCUUCAGCCGCCUGCACACCUUCGGCGACGAGAGCGAGGACGACUCCGAGCUGGCCCGCGACUCCUACUUCUACGCCGUGUCCGACUUGCAGGUCGGCGGGCGCUGCAAGUGCAACGGGCACGCGUCGCGCUGCGUCCGGGACCGCGACGACAGCUUGGUGUGCGACUGCAAGCACAACACGGCCGGCCCCGAGUGCGACCGCUGCAAGCCCUUCCACUACGACCGGCCCUGGCAGCGAGCGACCGCCCGGGAGGCCAACGAGUGCGUGGCCUGCAACUGCAACCUGCACGCGCGGCGCUGCCGCUUCAACAUGGAGCUGUUCAAGCUGUCGGGGCGCAAGAGCGGCGGCGUGUGCCUCAACUGCCGGCACAACACGGCGGGCAGGCACUGCCACUACUGCAAGGAGGGCUUCUACCGCGACCUCAGCAAGCCCAUCUCCCACCGCAAGGCCUGCAAAGAGUGCGAUUGUCACCCCGUGGGUGCCGCCGGCCAGACCUGCAACCAGACCACGGGCCAGUGUCCCUGCAAGGACGGUGUCACCGGCAUCACCUGCAACCGCUGCGCCAAGGGCUACCAGCAGAGCCGCUCCCCCAUCGCCCCCUGCAUAAAGAUCCCGGCUGCUCCGCCCACCACGGCCGCCAGCAGCGCGGAGGAGCCCGCAGAUUGCGACUCGUACUGCAAAGCCUCCAAGGGGAAGCUGAAGAUCAACAUGAAGAAGUACUGUAAGAAAGACUAUGCUGUCCAGAUCCACAUUCUGAAAGCAGAAAAAAACGCGGACUGGUGGAAGUUCACCGUGAACAUCAUCUCCGUCUACAAACAAGGCAGCAACCGGAUCCGGCGCGGAGACCAGACCCUGUGGAUCCACUCCAAGGACAUCGCCUGCAAGUGCCCCAAAAUCAAGCCCAUGAAGAAGUAUUUGCUGCUGGGCAACAACGAGGACUCUCCCGACCAGAGCGGCAUCAUUGCGGACAAAACCAGCCUGGUGAUCCAGUGGCGGGACACGUGGGCCCGGCGGCUCCGGAAGUUCCAGCAGCGGGAGAAGAAGGGCAAGUGUAAGAAGGCCUAAAGGAGGAGGAGAGGGAGAGACUGACUGUGCAUGCUGCUUUGUGUAGGGCUGGGGCGGGCAGGGACCGGCUGCCAGGGCGGGCUGGGGGGACAGGGGGACAGCGACCAUGGCUGGGGAGUGCUGGGCUUGCACCUCGUAUUCCAGGGAGGACAAAACCCAACAGGACCCAACAGAACCCAACAGGACCCAAGAAAACGCAACAGGACCCAAGAAAACCCAACAGGACCCAAUAGAAACUCAACAGAACCCAACAGGACCCAACAGGACCCAAGAAAACCCAACAGGAUCCAAGAAAACCCAACAGAACCCAACAGAAACUCUACAAAACCCAACAAAAUUCAAAAGGACCCAACAGGACCCAAGAAAACCCAACAGGACCCAACAAAACCCAACAGAACCCAGCAGGACCCAAGAGAAACUCAACAGAACCCAACAAAACCCAACAAGACCCAAGAAAAGCCGAUUGCACACGCGGACAGAACCCACGAGUGGGGUGCGGGCAUGCGGCACCUGGGGCCCCCCAGCUCCCUCCUGCCCCGUUGCUGAAGAACUCAGAGACACCAAACUGCCUUCCAGCUGCCAACAUCUGCUGCCUCCAAAGCACGGCACGGGCACACCCACCCUGUAAGAAACUAAUCAACAGCACCGCUGGAAAUUAACCCCCCAUCCCCAAAAUACGUAUUUGCGACUUAGGCUGACCGCAACAGCUCUUGUAGAGGAAACUAAACCGAGACUUUUGCUGAGGACGGACCCGAGGACCGGCGGACGGGGUCUGGGAGGGCCGAGCUCUCCAGCUGUGAUGAUGCUCUGGGUCCACUUCAGGCACAGCCAAGAGGGGACAAUGCUGGUGGGUGGCUUCCUGCUGUGCAUAACUCUGGGAGUGGCUCCGUGCUCAGCCCCUGACCCUGAGGAUGCUGCCCCCACCACGCUGAAGGAGGGUGAGCCCACAGGGUGCCCUGUCCCCCUCCAGCCACCCAUUCACAGGCAAGGAGUCAAUAACCAGGAUCCCCAAGGAAACACCCAGACACGACAAAAAAUGAGUUGGCAUCCAGUUCCCAGAAAGUGCCCUGGAAGAUCCUGCCAGUCUCAGUCCCUGAAUCUCCACUGUGGCCAGCCCUGAACCUGCUCCAUGGGCUCGGUCCCCUCUGCUGCUGCCAGCACACCAGGAACCCUCAGAUGGUAGAAGAUCCCUGCAGGGAUUGACACCAAGGGCCUGGCUGGUCACUGCUUUCACCCCCAGACUCAGGCAGCUCUCCCAAACCCACAGCAGCUCUGCCCUCGCUCCCUCUGGAGCUGCAGCCCCCUGACAUCCCUGUAAAAGGUCUUGGAGACAAAGUGGGGAGCAGAGGGUGCCAGGACUGUCCCCGUGGGCAGUGGGGCCAGUGCAGAGCUCAGAGGCUCGGCCGGGGUAGAGCCCACACAGGGCAGGGACUGGCCAGGGAAGAGGUCUCAGCCAGGAGCAAGGUGUGACCCACCUGGAGCUCUCCCCCUUCUGCUGGGGGGACAAACAGCCAAUUUAAAAUUCCCAAUUGCCAGCCAUGAAUGCACUGAGCACAGUGGAGGCUGCCUCACCUCAGACUGGAGCAUCUUCCCCUGGGGCACCCAGCGGGCAGGACUGGCUUGGGCGUUGUCACUCCCAUGCCAGGCUGCUCCCCUGCCACACCAGCCCAUGGGGAGUGGGGAAUUCCAGCUCCACCUCAUCCUUGGAGCCCGGGAAUAGCUGGGGCAGAAGGCAGGGAGGGCAGGACGGUACCUGGGGGAGAAGCAAACAUUAGUCGCUAUGAAAAGCAAAACCUCCCUGAUAUUUUUCCUUUUAGGAAACUUGGAAACAUCUCUUUUAUGACAUUUUCCAGUGGUUUUGCCUUGUUUUAUAGCAAUUGACAAUAUUUAUAUAAUGACAUAAACCACCAUAAAGCAGGGCAGCCAUGUAAAUAGGUGCAAAGAGGAGGCUCCCAGGGCUGCUGGAGACACCACCCGGAGGGACCCAGCUCUGCUCAGCCUCCCCUGCCACCACAGGGCCCUCAAAAUUAAUCUGGGUAUUAGGGAAAAAAUCCCACCCUGGACAUCAAGAAACUCCCUCCCACUCCAAGUCUGAGUUUUCUCCCCUUUCCCAAACUGGACUUGGCUUUCCUUAUCUCGGAGCUCAAGGAGAACCGACGGUUUUGCGGCCAAGGGAAGUGAAGCCACCAGGUUCUGAAGGAUAAAAUCUGACCUCGAGUGUCUAAAUGGAGGCUGAAAGCCCCAAAACAGGGCUUGGAUGCUCUGCUGCAGCCACCACCAGCUGCUGCCAGGGAACCCCAAGGCUGGGGACAGCCCAUCCCCAGGUAGCCGGGAUGUCCCCGGCCUCCAAACGGUGCCUGAAGGACCAGAAUCCAACCCAAAGCCAGUUCUCCUCAUGGAGAGCAGGGAGGAAAGGCCACAGGGGACGUGGGGACUGCCCAUGGCACACAUGGGCACCCGACGCUCACUCCCGGGUUCCAGCCUUGUCAAGCACAGCCUGGACACCCUCCAGCCCCCCAGGGACACCCUCCAGCCCCUUCCCUGCUCCCACGGGUCCUGGAGGCUGCAGGAGACCCCCACCCCCUCCUCCCAGGGCCAGACCCCUCCAGGCACUGACAGCCUGGGGACUCAGAAGGAAAUGAGCUGGCACAACAGCCUGGAUCCUGGCACAGGAGGGAAGGAAGUCGCCAGCCCUGCCCCACCAGGACCUGCCCCUCCCUCCCUGCUGCAGUUUUGUGCUUUGCAGUCCAAGCAGACAAACCCCCUGACUCCAUCCGCGGUCCCAGCGCCCUUGGUGCGCUCCCAGGAACGCUGACCUGCAGGAGCUGCUGCUGGGACUGGUGGGACUGGAACAGCCUCUGCUGGGAGGGCACAGCAGCCCCAUUUCAGGGCCCAGAGGUGCAAGUCUCCCCUGCAGCCCCCCCCGCCCUAGGGCAUCCCCAGGAGGACACCUCUCCUGGUCAGCCAGGGGGGCAGGAUGCUCAACACCAGCACGGCCGGGGGCAGCUCUGGGGAGCCAACCCGCUCUGAGGACCCACAGCCACCCCCGGGGACAGAGGGGGACCCUGAGGACAGCAGGGUGGCCGGGAAGGGGCUGUGGUGCCUUCAGAGAGGCUUUGGAGAGCAGCUGCAAUGCCAAAACAAUCAUCACUGAGCGUAGCACCCGACAGAAGUCGCUUGGUCUCGUUUCUGUUCGUUCCGUCGUGUCCGUGCCCCUCCCCGGCCCCUCCUCAUCCCCUCACAAACCUGUGUUCCUUUUGGGGUUGGUUUUUUCUGUUUUGUUUUUUUUUUUGGUUGAUUUUUUUUUAUUAUUUUUGUUAAUAUCUUGAACUGUAAAUGUUGUUUAGUUAUGACCAUGGCAGACUGCUUUGGGCAAUGUUUCUUUACAAUGCAUACUAAUAUAUUAUGGUUAUUAUAUAUGAAUAUAUUUAAUGACACGUGAAAAAGUUGUGGAUUUUCUUAUUGUUUUUCUGAGUUGUUUCUUCCCCCCCCUUUUGUUUGUUUGUUCAUUAGAUUGGCUGUAAUUGACCCAAAGGAGCUUGUAACUGUUCAGCACCCCCUUGAUAGAACUAAAGUCAGAAAC